UGUAUAAGGAAUCCAGUAUAAAAGAAGUGUUAACUUCUUGGGUGCUAUCAGUUAGUGCGCACCAUUCUUAACAUGAAGCUGCUGCUUUUGUUGUCGUUUAUCAUUCUGGUCUCCGAGAGUCUCGUCGCGGAAAGAACAGCCGACGGCAAUGAUGUAUCAUCACAAGUGACCACUGUUUUUCAAGCUCAACCGAGUGCUCAGGAAUUCAUAGGAGAAAAAAAAUUAGGAAAAAGAAGCUACAAUCUGCUUUCCUUGCCCUACACACGCACUUACACUCCCGUGUUGCCGUGGUAUCGAUUGGGCGGAUUGAGUAGCUACGGAUUGUACGGCAAUGGUUGGUAUCCGUCGGGCUGGCCGUUGUCAUACGGUGGUUGGCACGGUGGUUGGUACAAAGGAUGGUAAAUUUCGAGUCUUGAAGUAUGUGAUUGUGUUGCUAGGAAAGUACGCGUCGAUUUUUAGCAUCUUUUUUAACAUUUCAUAAUUUACAAGUGUCACAAUUCGUGUUAUCGUAAUUCAUAAUAUUUGUUGAGUUAUUUGUGGAUACGUUGUAGAAAGUGUUAUGAUAAGGUAUAUAUCGAUGUUUAUUUUAAAUUUAGAUUUUACAGUAGUUGUUAGUAGAUACUUUGAAACUUCACAUUUAUGGUGCCAAUUAGUUGUAAUUAUGUGUCAAUUGUAAGACAAUACAGCACUCGAUCUUACACAUAAAAAAAAAAAAAUGAAAGCGUUAAACUAAAUAAAUAAGGCAUGUAGGAAGAGCUAAAUUAUUGUGUGCAUACCUUUAAUCGUUUCUUUAUAUACGUUGCCAAUAUUUCUUCGCAUAUGGUGAGGUUCUUGUCCGUAUCCUGUGCAGUGAAUCAAACGAAAUCUCUUUUAGAACUCAUUGAAAGAUAAAUCAUUUCACAAACAUCAAAGAAAAACUUCAUUAAUCAUUUUUUUUGAACGAGACCUUUAA